GGCCUUAUAGAUCCUUGUGGAGGAAGCUCGAGCAAGCGAGAGGAAGCGCGCGCCUAGUGCUGGUGGACACGCUACUAUAUUUCUCUUUAGAUCGUCGCCGAAACAUUCAAGAUUGCAGACAUGAGCUAUGGUCGGGGCCCCCCCGAUAUCAAGGGGAUGACGUCGCUCAAGGUGGAUAAUCUCACGUACAGAACGACGCCAGAAGACCUGCGGCGUUCCUUCGAGAAAUAUGGCGAGAUCGGAGACGUGUACAUCCCGCGAGACAGGUUUUCUCGCGAGAGCAGAGGCUUCGCCUUCGUUAGAUACUAUGAUCGCCGAGAUGCAGAAGAUGCAAUGGAAGCAAUGGACGGUCGACGUCUUGACGGUCGAGAGCUGAGAGUGCAGAUGGCCCGCUACGGCCGCCCAGAAACCCCUCCACAUCGAAGACGCCGCCGACGGUACUCGGACAAUUCCAGGUCGAGGUCGAGGUCACGCUCCCGUUCAAGGUCACGCAGGAGAAGUCGCAGGUCACGAUCACGUUCAAGGUCAAGGUCGCGCUCCCGCAGGAGGCACUCUAGAUCAAGGUCUGGCAGCCACUCACGCUCCCGCUCGCGUUCAAGGUCACACUCUGGAAGCAAGAGCCGUUCCCGCAGCCCGGAAGAACGUGAAUCGAAGUCCCCAGAAAAGCAAGAUAAGGAGAAUGGAAUGGAUGAGGCAGCUGCUAUGGAAGAAGAGCAAAUGGACCGAUCUCAUUCACGAUCUAAGUCCCGAUCACGUUCAAGAUCUCGGUCUAAGUCUAGGUCAAGAUCUAAGUCACGUAGCAAGUCCAGGUCCAGGUCACGCUCAAGGUCUGUGGAGUGAGAUGCACUGAACUGGAUGUUGGCAUCCUAUCAUCAACAAUCAACUAAAUCACUGCAUCACAAGAAGACUUCUCAAUUCCUGUCCAGAUUUUUGCAGUACUGGCAUGCUGGGCAGGUACUUAUUAAUUUUCAUGUGCUUACUGUGUACUGGAUCAUUGUCCUCUAGACCUGCAUAUGUUGGGAAUGUUCAGAACCUCCAGAUUGCAAUAUAAUUAUCAUAUGGAUAUUGCUCAUUAGUUAUGUAAUUUUUUUCUAUAAUUUGUUGGGAUACCCAUUUUAGUUAAGGUGGUACAAGAGUUUGGAACCACUGGAAUGGUUUUGUUUUUAAUUAUUAAGGCUUCUAAAAAGACUUGUUUUCUUUGAUGCCAGAUAAUAUGGUAAUGAUGGAAAGUAAGUUGAAAUUAGUUUAAGAAUAUAUUUUUAUUAUUACCAUAGAAUCUGGUCUGAACUAGGUUAAGCAAGGAAAUGUUCCCCACAAUGUUCACAAUUGGUUGUAUGGAGAGGAGUACCCAUCAUAAUCUUAUCCUAGAUUGUCUCCAAGCUUUCAGUAAAACUUUGUCAGAUUACACUUAGUCAUGUGCAUUAACUUUGUAUGCUUAGGAAAUAAAAUUGACAUAAUGUCACU